AUGCCGUACUUAGAGCUAGCCGGAUUUGGGUCCGUAGGACAGAUCCGGUACACCGUCUUGCACUUUGAUUUAUUAUCUGCGCUAGUGGAGCGAUGGCGCCCAGAGACCCACACUUUUCAUUUUCCGUGCGGGGAGUGUAUAGUGACCUUGGAGGAUAUAGCGUUGCAGCUUGGGCUCCCAAUUGAUGGGAGUCCCGUAACGGGAUUAUCUGCAUUUACCGAUCCGGAUGCACUUUGCUAUCAGCUUCUAGGAGACUCACCAAGGGACGAUGAGUCAUAUUUUUCAGGUGUACAAUUUACAUGGCUGAAAGCCAAGUAUGGACAAUUAUCAGCGACAACCACUGAAGGCGAGUUGAUGUGCGCUGCUCGAGCGUACAUCAUGCAUAUCAUAGGGGGAGAAAUCAUGCCUGAUGCAAGCAACGACAAGGUGCAUUUGAUGUACUUGCCCCUGUUAGCUGACUUGUCCACUGUUAGCUCCUAUAGCUGGGGCUCAGCCGUGCUAGCAGUUUUGUAUCGAGAGCUUUGUCGGGCAACAGAUCGGAAAGUUCGCGACAUUGGCGGAUGCCUCUCAUUGCUGCAGUCCUGGGCACUGUAUCGGAUGCCAUUUUUGGCAUCGGUUAGACACCAACCGUAUGUUUAUCCACUGCUGAACAGGUGGAGUGGUCGUUCGGGUAUAGGACAGCCGUACAAUGUCCCGCUAUACCGCCUCAUGAUUGAACAGUAUGCCCGGGAUGGGUUUAUAUGGACGCCGUACCGAACGCCAGAAAUUACCGCCGUGGUACCCUCGUCUGCAUACGUGCAUUCGUACAUAUGGUGCACUAACGCACCAAUUAUAAAUUUCAACAUGGUCGAGUGA